UGGCUGACAAUGGAGCUCCACCUCUCCGGCGAACGCAAGUACUUGUCCCUCGCGAGCAUCCGCGCCGCGCCGCCGCGGGUGAUUUCCGGCGACGAGUCUGCGAAACUCGCCGGCUGCGCGGGCGCGGAGCUCGGCCCGCUGCUCCCGCAGCUAGCAGAGGAUGAGACGCUCAUCGGCGUGCUCGUCGCGUCUGACGGACUCGUCUCGGCGCCCAUCACAGCGGGCGAGCUCUGCCGGGGCGUGCUGCUCCACACGGACGCGGCUGGCACGCUGCUUUCCUCGCUGCGCGCAUGGUUUCCUCCUGGCGUGGCGGUGCAGCCGUCGCCGUGCGGCACGCACGUGGGACCGCUCAGUCUCAAAGGCGCCUGCUGCUGCGUCCUCCUCCCAAAGUCCGUCACCGAUGCGCUCGCGAUGAGCGAGGCGCGCGUCGUCGGCCACAUGAACGGCGACCACGCCGACUCGUGCCUCGCGUACGCACGCGGCCUCUGCGGCGUGGCGGGCGCGACCGGCGCGCAGAUGACGGGCGUGAGCUGCGCCGGGUUUGCUCUUGAGGCGGCAGUGGAGGGCGAGGCAAAGCUGCGCAAGCUGCUCGUCCGCUUCCCGGUGCCGCUGCGGCACGCGUCACAGGUGCGCGGGUUCGCCGUCGAGCUGCACCACGCCGCCUUCGCCGCGCUCGGCCUGCACUACCGCCUAAGGCACGGCUACUACCGGCGCGGCGCGCUGAUGGCAAUCGCAGGCGUCGCAAAGGCGAUCGCGAAACGGCGAGUUCAGCUCGGCGCGGUCGGGCUCGCCGCCGCCGCCCUCGUGGUCGCCGUCGCCGCGCGCCGCCGCGUGGGCUAGUGACACGUGAGAGGCGCAGUGUUUCACGUGGGUGGUUGCACUCGCGCAGUGUUUCACGCGCAGCUCGUGCAUGGAU